AUGUCCAUCAGAUACACCCGCAGGGAGUGGAAGGAUCGCUUGAAUACGCAAGCCAGAAAGCAUUCACCUCGCAGCUAUAAUCCAAUUCGGAAUCGAGCUGGUGCAACUCAGUCCAGCCCGCGAUUGGAUUGCCCGUCGGUGUUCGUUCAUAGCCCAGGUACUGAGUCGAGCAAUACGACUGCCCACCAAUAUCACCUGAAGACUCAUGUCAUACAAUACGCCAAGUUCCACGUGAACUAUAUCAAGUUGUUCCGAACGCGGACCGCACAUGACAAAGAAGAGGACUCAUGA